AUGAAGGAACCGGGACUGAAUCGGCAAGGCAUUGCCUAUGUCUUGUCACGGAUGGAGUGGUAUUGGAACUUGGCUGAGUUGGUCCUCCUCCAGGAGAACUCGAGUGUUUCAUCUGCCGCGUUGAGAAGGAACUUGGAAGCUCAGAUCAUCGACUUUUACAAGAAGCUUCUCCUGUUUCAAAUGCGAAGCGCUUGUCUCUAUUAUCGUAACUGGGGAGUUGUUAUCCUAAGGGAUGCAGUCAAACUUGAUGAUUGGUCCGGGGAGCUCAACACUAUCAAAGAUGCAGAACGUCUCAUUCGCAAGGACAUAGAACAGUACGACUACCAAGAUAUCCGAUUGAAGCUCGGCAAGAUCGAAAAAUCUGCAGUAGAGCAAGCCGAGUCGCUCGAGACUAUCUGCAAAGUUCUGAGAGAGGAGGCAAGAUUGAAAGAAAAGAAUGAGGGGGAUCCACUUAAGGAAUUAUAUGAAUGGAUCCUGAAGAGCGACACCUACCAGACAUUCAUCGAUGAUCCAUCAAGUCGGGUUUUGUGGAUCAAUGGACCACCUGGAAAGGGCAGAACGAUGUUACUUUGUGGAAUCAUCAAUGAACUACAGAAGAGUCUCAGGCCCAUCUCGUUCUUCUUGUGUCAAGGAAACGUCAAAGAGGAGUACUUGUCCAGCGAUAUUGCCGUUAUGAGAGGCUUGAUAUAUGUUCUUCUUGAGCAUCAGCCAUCUCUGAUAUCAGCGAUUCGCCCAAGAUAUGACAAGCAAAACGACAGACUCUUCAACAGCAUCAAUAGCAGUGAGCUUCUUGGGGAUAUUUUAACUACGAUGCUUCAAGACCCAAGUCUACGCGACACAAUCUUGCUUGUGGACGCUCUGGACGAGUGCAACAUCAACAGGUCGAAGUUCACAAACCUCAUCGUCGAGCUGUCCAAGUCCUGUAACACCAAGUGGAUCUUGUCGAGCCGCGACUGGCCUGAGAUCCAUCAGGAGCUUGCAGACGCGACGGGGUUGAUCUCGCUUGACCUUGAACAAGAACAUGAGUCGGUUUCUCAAGCUGUCAGGUCAUAUAUCAGCAAGAAGGUUGAUGAUCUCGCAAAGACGAAGUGGAAAAAUGACUUGGAGUUGAAAGAAAGGAUUUUCGAUUAUAUGCAGUCUCACGCCGAUGAUACAUUCCUUUGGGUAGUAUUGGUGUGCGAAAGACUUGCCAACUCUGGUAUCAGAAAGCGUUUAGUCAUGGAGGAGCUAGUGAAGUUCCCGAUGAGCCUUAGAGCUCUUUACGAGGCUAUGAUGGACCGAAUAACAGAUUCAUCCGAAGCUGAUCGAUUGAAACAGAUCCUGGCCUUAGUUUGUGUUGUUUACCGCCCCAUCAAAUUAGCCGAGAUGCCGACACUCGUCGAGCCCAUGGCUGGCUACGAUGAAGAUGAUGUUAGAGACGCCAUUGCCUCUUGUGGCUCCCUCUUGACACUCCAGAACGGGGAGAUUUUCUUUGUACAUCAAUCAGCCAAGGAAUUUCUCCUCAUGAGGUUCUUUUCCCUCGCGGCAGAAGUUACCAGCAUGCACACAUCUUCUCACGAUCUGUUGCGGCCAUGGAGAAUACCCUUCGACAGGAUAUAUAUAAACUCGGUUCGCCUGGCGCCCACAACCUAG